AUGGUCCUUAUGUUGGCAGAUGUCUCCUUCGGGGCAGACCAGCUGGCUGCAAAAGCAAAUGAUGCCAUCUGCAAUUUUGUCAUUUGCAAUGACUCCUCCCUCCGCAGCCAGCCCAUCAUCUUCAACCCCGACUUCUUUGUGGAGAAGUUGCGCCACGAGAAACCCGAGGUGUUCACAGAGCUCGUGGUCAGCAACAUCACCAGGCUCAUCGACCUGCCUGGGGCAGAGCUGGCGCAGCUGAUGGGAGAGGAGGACCCCAAGCUGCCGGGGGGGAACGGAUUAGCCUCUGGCUUUCUGCGCUCCCUGAUGUCCCUGAAGCGCAAAGAGAAAGGGGUGGUGUUUGGCUCACCGCUGACAGAAGAAGGCAUCGCGCAGGUUUCCCAGCUGAUUGAGUAUCUGCACAAACAUCUGCGAGCUGAAGGCUUGUUUCGAGUGCCAGGCAACAGCAUCAGGCAACAGAUCCUAAAGGAUGCUCUGAACAGUGGUACAGAUAUUGACCUGGACUCUGGGGAGUUUCAUUCCAAUGAUGUGGCCACCCUGCUGAAGAUGUUCUUGGGCGAAUUACCAGAGCCCCUGCUGACACACAAGCAUUUCCACGCCCACCUCAAAAUUGCAGACUUGACCCUGUUUGAUGAGAAGGGCAAUAAGACCAGCACCCCGGACAAAGAGCGCCAAAUCGAAGCCCUCCAGCUGCUCUUCCUGAUCCUGCCCGCGCCCAACCGCAGCCUGCUCAAACUGCUCCUGGAUUUGCUCUAUCAGACGGCCAAGAAGCAGGACAAGAACAAGAUGUCUGCACAUAAUCUUGCCCUCAUGUUUGCACCGCACAUCCUCUGGCCCAGGAAUGUGACAGCAAAUGACCUGCAGGAGAAUAUCACAAAGCUAAACAACGGAGUGACCUUCAUGAUCAAACACUCGCAGAAACUCUUCAAAGCCCCUGCCUACAUCCGGGAGUGUGCCAGGCUGCACUACCUUGGAUCCAGAGCCCACGCAUCCAAGGAUGACCUGGACCUGCUGACCUCUCCCAGCUCCAAGGAGCUGCAGCCUCUCAAGUCUCAGAAGCGGAGCCGACUGGACACUUGCCAUCAGGAGGAGACCCAGCAGCGCACGGAGGAGGCCCUGAAGGAGCUCUUCCGCCACGUCCACAACAUGCCCGAUUCUGCAAAGAAGAAGAAGCUAAUUCGGCAGUUUAAUAAGCAUCCUACAGUGCUCACUCCUGGCUCUGAUGUCCGCACACCCCCUGUGCAAAGACGUACUCGCUCCCGCUCCUUCAGUGGCCUCAUUAAGCGGAAGGUCUUGGGAACACCGGUUAUCAUGGAAAGGAAGAGCCGGGAUGUCACACCCGAGCCAGAGCGAGCUAGCAAAGAAAACAUCCACCUGUUACAGAAAUGUGGCUCUCCAGCUCAUAUGUCCCCAGGGAAAAUGAAAUUUUUAGAGGGCCAGAAAGAGGACUCCAGCAGACGUGUGCGAGCCCGCCUGCUUUCCAAGGAAUCAUCGUCCCUGUGAAGCGCCUCUCGCUAGUGCAUGGAUUGGGGAAUGCCCAGCCUCACAAGCUGUGAAUAAUACCCGCUGCCCCGAGGCGGGAGCACUGCAGGCUCACGGCAGCCUCCAGCCUGCUGGUGCUCUUGGACAUUUGCAAGGACUGCAGGGACUUGUUUCUGUCUGUAUAUAAAUGUAUAUCGUUCCACUAUGGGGCAAACCACUAUCUAACCAAAACCUGUGCAGCGUGUCUGACCUGCUGGCUCUGGGAAGAGCUGGAGAGCU